AUGCCGUUGGACCUAUUCCAAGAAAAUGGGAACAGCAAACACUACAACUUUACUGAACUUCGUUUGGAGAUCAUUGGAAACAAAGACCUUAAAUUUAAAUUGUUGAAUGAUGUCACAUUUAUGAACCAGUUGGUGUCCAUCUUUGCUGACAGCAUUUCUAAAUUUAAUAUACUGGCAAAUGACCCAGUGUAUACUUUGAAUAAGUUGGAGGAACCAGUAGUUAUACUUCAUAUUCUCAGCUCCUUUGCCUCAGAGAUUGAGUCUUUGAAUAAUGACAGUGUUUCCGGGUCAAUUGGGAUCAUGCAGUUAGCACUAGAUCCAAUCACGCAACUCCUUAACCAUUUUGUUGAGACUUUUGUUCCGCUGCUACGUGUGACAGAUGGUGACAAGUACCUAUUUCAAGUUGAAACGUUAAUGGGUCACUGCUUGGACAUUUUAAUAAUAUUGUCCAAUCUUCGACAAAAUCAAAUAGAUCCAAACCGAGUGUGGCGAUUUAUUGCAUUAUUAUUGAUUGCUACUGGUAAUACUCAUGACCAUCUAACCAAGUUACAUCCAAGCAUAAUCAUAAAACUGUUGAGAUUGGUACCAUUGGUGCUUACCACCGCGGUUCCUUUGAAAAACAACGCAAUCUUGACUUUAUCUGUGGUUUUGUUAAGCCGAUUAUCAUCGGACUGCCAGUUAAUUGUGUCCACACAUUUAUCCGAACUAUACCGCUCUCCAGAAGACCUUUAUUGGGUUGCAUUUGAGGACGAUCAUCUCCCUAACGUUGAUUUAAAUGCUGCAUUAAUUGACGAAAUGAUAAGUGUUGAAUUAUUGUUGGAGUUAAUUACUGCAGCUGCCCAAGUAAUGAGCUUCUCGAAGAAUUAUCAUGACCCUUUCCUUUUAGCUGGUCGACAAAACACCCCUCUAGGAAUAUUCUUGAGUACACCAUUAUCAAAGCCGGUGAUACCAAUUACCGAAAUCUAUACUUCGUUGCUUUUGUUAAUGAAAGUGAACUCAAAAGGGCUUAAUCUUGCUUCGCUUAAUUUGUUGGUUCUAUUGUUGGAAAAUUUAAGUGUUCUGGAGGUGUUACUGGAGAGUAUAAUCUUUCGUAAUUAUGAGAAAUUAUUUGCAAGCAUAGUGCAUCUAUUGGACAGUGGUAGUAACCCCAAUGGUGGUGAUGAGAUGAAUGGUAGUAAGGGCUCCAAGAAUAAAGGCACUUUACAUAUAAAUCCAGUUUUUGACGAAGAAUCAACGUCUAAUGCUUCCUUAUUCUUAACUUCAGCAGUAAAAGUCUUGGCUGACUUGUGUACACUGUACCCUACAUUAAGCAAUAGGAUAUGUGAUACGAAUAUUGACUACAAGUUAAUUUCCAAGGUGGAAUAUUGUUAUAAACACUCAGGGUUAUUUAAAGUAUUUGAAGAUUUGAAACUCAGAUCAAAGUUUGGGACAGUUUUGGUUGAUUUCACCUCAAUGCCUAUCAGGGAUGCCUACUCCGCCGAAUUAGCAGAUCUUCUUUUGCUUCUAAGUGUAUACACAAGUGAGCGGGAGGAGUAUCGAAAUAGGUUGGUUUCAUUUUACCAAAGUACAGGGACAAAUAUACCCCAAGUGAUUUUCGAUAUCGUUGAAGAUUACCACUUUCUUCUCAACCAAAUGCGUUUAUUGCAAAAGAUUUUGAGUCAUACAGUCAAGACCAAAAGCCUCGAAAGUGAGAGAGUCAAGCACAACAUAUCUUGGCUUGGGAAAAACUUGGGAGUGAUUAGCAAAUUAGAAAAUUCACCACUUUUCACUCACUGUCUUUACUUUAUACGCUCACAAUCACGAUCGGUGGCAACUUUGAGAACAUUUUUUGUGGAGACCAAUUCAUUCAAAAGUUUUGUAACACGAGACAAUAAGGAUACUUUAUUGACCGGUAUUGCCUCAUUUUCAUCAAAUAUUCUGACAAUAAGGCCACGCAUAGAACCAGAGUCAACUUCAAUCAUCACUUCAGAGCCGGGGCUGACUCUGUCAGCAGGAGGUUUUGUUACCAAUAUUUUGGAAAUCAUUCGACUUUAUGAAACUCUAGAUUUAACAAGAAGCUUUAUCUUUAGAGUCAACAAAAACAAGUUUGUGCAAGAAGUUGCUUUUAAAAAGUCCUUCAUGACUAAUAAGGCGUUGUGUGUUAGCCUUUUAGCCAACUUUAUCCUUGACUUCAGCUCGUUCAGGUAUAAAAUCAUUGGCUACGAGAAUUUUCUAUCAAGUUUGUCUAUAAUCUAUCAAAAUUCUGCAACCGACUUUGAUGUUGAUGUCUCUGGUUUAACUGAGGAGGAUAUAUUUGAAAGAAAUGUGAUGCAAUUGAAAAUACUACAAGUUAUGAAAAACUUUAUGUACAACGAAGCAUCUGAGAAUAAGCAAGAAGUGUUGAAUUUUUUCCCAUUGAGUCUUAUACUUCAAAAGGCAAAUUAUGGAAUUACCGGUCUGGGAACCUCAUCUGUACCAACGGAAACAUCGGAAACAAAACUCCGUCAGAAAGUUGUUGCGUUUGAGAUUUUGCGAAAUUUCACAGCAGGAUCACCUUCUUUCUCUCAAAUUUUAAGAGAGUCUUAUAUCGAUGAAUAUUUGAACAAUGAGAAGCCGGAGUUACAACCAUUGCUUCCACAGAACUGGUCCGAAUUUGUGAUUAGAAACUUGACUGAGGCAUCCAUUUUCACACCACAAAGCACCCAAAGCUUCAAUUUUGACAAUGAUGAAACAUUGGUGGAGUUAAUUGGGAAUGAGGAUUAUGUCAAGAUGGUUAGAUCUAUAAACUUCACUGAGGAUCAUACCUACACUGUCAUUGAUAAAUUGAAGCAAGAACUUUUCCCUAACGACACCUUAUUGCACAUUUGGAUGAGAUUGCUUUCAUUUAAGUUGCCAGAACUGGUAAUAAGUAAUGUCAACUACAACCCGCAGUAUUUGACGAAGAACCUAAACAUGAUCAAAAUUUCCAUCGCAUGGAUUCUUGUCAACUUGACCUGGAAAUCAUCGGUCUUUGGAUACGAUAUCCAGAAUUAUACUGAUUAUGAAGUAUAUCAAACUGUUGAUACCCUGAGAAUCAAAAGGGCGUUGUCACAGCAAGAGAAAAAUGAGCAACCGGUCACAGAACAGCCAGAAAAGGAACAGGAAUUGGUAGGUGAUGAGCUAUCAGUGUAUGACCGUGCUAAAUAUUUGGAUAAAUUUGGAUUCACAAAGGUAAUUUAUGAUGUGCUUACUGAUUAUUCAAGAAGAGCAUCGAAAAUUCCUCGAGCUAGUUUAGCGUCCGAUAGCUCUAUCGAGCCUGAAGUCUUUGAAAAGCUUAGAAGUGCAUUACAUCAAAUCAACUAUCUAUGUCGUGGUGUUCGUUCUGGUGGUUUUGUGCCAGAUUUGAGAACCAAGCAUGCUAGUAAGAGUAAUGAGUUGAGGCUCCAACGAAAUCAAGACAAUUCAGUCGAUGUGGUUGACGAUAUUGGUGAUCUCGUGGAUGACGAAAUUAGGUACGAAAGAUCAAGGAGAAGAGAUGCUAUUGAUUCUGAAGAUGAUGGAAACAAUGAAGACGAAGAAAUGCGAGAAGAUGACUCUUCUGAGAGUGGUCCUGAGACGCAAGUCAGGCAAGUUGCGGGAAAUGAAAGUGACGAUUCAAAUGAAGAUAUGCCUCAUGAAUAUUGGGUGAUGUAA